AAUCCCCUUGUCGAAUGCAUCUGGACACGAUGAGGAAUCUCUCGGCCCGCAUCGCCGUGUCCUAUCACAAAUGUUGGUGGUGAACAUCUCUGGACAUCAAGAGCCGCGCCUGCCAUGCCUGUUGCUAUUUUGCACCUACGGUCGCAACUGGACUUGAGCUAAAUGCUAAGUGGCAAAUUGAGCGAGUCUGGUGCCCGACGAACAGGACGAGACUCUGACUUUCUGCACGUGCACGUCACCGUGUUCACAGUUCACACUUUGCUUGUCCGCCCACUACUAUCAACAAUCUGGAUGCAGCCACCGCCCAGCCGAAGCGUACGUGAAUUGAGGGCACCGAAAAGACGUCGGCAUGUCGUCAACGUCAAGCCGCCUCCAAACACCGUCCUUCGACCCUGAUGCUUUAGAACUGGACCCCGCUCCAAUUUUCGUGGUCAGAACCGGUCACAGCGCAACAGCCCUCGAAUUUGUUUUUCGUAAUGAAGCCUUCCGGCGUGGAAAGCUUGAAGAACGUAUUGAGGGGCAGGACCGGUCAGCGUUGCUCUUCAGGUCCUGGGCGCUGGCUUUUGGAUCUUACAAGCCGUAUCAUGAGUUUGCAGAAAGGAGCUGGGUAGCGGAAGAGACUGGAAAUGACCGAAUGUGGAAAGUCAUAAGAGCUGGGGAGAUUCUUCCAAAGGAGGAGGCUAAGUUCAAUGUAACCAUGCCAGUGUCAGAAAAAGAGGCGGUUGUCAAAGCGGAUGUAGGCAACUGGGGCCGCGUAUAUCACCGCUCGAAAGAUGAAAUGUUGCAAGAGAUGAAAGUCAACAAGUCCAUCCUGGGCGAAACGCUACCCCGAAAUAAUCUGACUGCCCGGUGGGAAGGGCUUCAGACCAUGAUGGAAAUGUCGGAUGUCGGAGUGUUUGAGUACAACGCGGAGGGGAAACUCAUCCACGCCAACCAGGCAUGGUACCGACUUUCGUCGCAUCCGCGCAAUCUUCCUUCACAUGUCGAAUUCUCCUUUAUGGACCUCGUUUAUCCCGAGGAUCAGACCCUUGUAAUGUCAAUGUGGAACACAUUAGCCUCCGGGAGUCCAGUGACCUUCGAGAUGAGAUGGAAACCAUCUGCCGGUUCAAACAAUCUUCCGCAAUGGGUCCUCUCGGCGUGCGUUCCGAUUUUUGAUGAUGAAGGGAAUCUGAUCAGCAUUGCCGGAAAUACAAUCGACAUUAUGGCACAAAAGAAAUCUCAGGAGACCGCACAGGCACGUGUCGAGGCGCUCGAGCGAGCACGAGUUUCGGAGCAAAAGUUUGCAAGAUUUGCGCAGAUAUCACCUAUUGCCAUUUAUAUAUUUGUUCCAGGACAAGGCAUGAACAAUGUCAACGAGCAAUUUUUUGAACUUACCGGGCACUCCCGUCUGUCUCUCCAUGAGUUUGAGUGGCGUGGCCUCGUUGCAGACGACGACCUGGAGAGGGUGGAAGAGGACUGGUCUCGGAUGUUAGCAGGCGAGAAAUCCGACGGCGUGCAGUUUCGACUUAAAAAGACUUGGAUCAAUCAAGACGGAAUAGUUUCCAAUAUCUGGGUACAAAGCUCAAAUCAUCCGGAACUGGACAAGAACGGCAAAGUCAUCAGUAUCUUGGGGACACUGUUUGACAUAUCCCAAUUUAAAUGGGCCGAGACGGUACAGAAGCAAACGACAGCAGAGGCUCUAGAGGCAAAACGACAGCAGGAAAACUUUAUUGACAUGACUUCACAUGAACUCCGGAAUCCCUUAUCUGCGGUGGUACAAUGCGCCGACUCGGUCAUAGCAUCGCUACAAGGGCUUCCGCUACAUGAUGCAAAGACAUCAAUGUUGGACAUGGAUCUGGAGAAGAUACGGGAAGAGGUCGCAACAAGCAUCGAAUCGCUUCAAACAAUCGUUUCAUGCUCAUUACACCAAAAACGUGUCAUCGACGAUGUACUCACGCUGUCGAAGCUAGACUCGAGCCUUAUCCUGAUCACACCUGUCCGUGUGCAAUCUGCAGUGGUUGUGUCCGAAGCCCUGAAAAUGUUUGAUGUCGAGUGCAGUCAGAUGGAAAUUCAACUCGAAUUCCGACAGGAUGCGACGUUCGAGGGCUGCGAUUGGGUUGUGCUGGAUCCUUCGCGCCUGCUCCAAAUUUUGAUCAACCUCCUCACUAACGCAAUUAAAUUCACAAAAGAUCGACCAACUCGUAAGAUCACCGUAACUUUGGGAGCAUCUCCAACACGGCCGCCGAAAGUUUGGGACUCAGUAACAUUCGCAAAUACCGAACCGCAACCCAAAGAUUUGGUCAACGGCCCUGAAUGGGGUAACGGAGAGCUUACCUAUCUUUGGCUAAAGGUGCAAGAUACCGGGUGCGGCAUGACUUACGAGGAACAGAGCAAGCUGUUCUCAAGAUUCACUCAGGCGACUCCUCGUACGCACGUCAAAUACGGAGGCUCCGGACUAGGGCUGUUUAUUUCCAAGUCUCUUGCAACUCUUCAGGGCGGAGCAAUUGGUGUUUCUUCUGAUCCAGACAUUGGGUCGAUUUUUGCCUUUUAUGUCAGCACACGUAAAGCUACACCACCUGCUGGCAAAUCUUUACAGAUUCGUCAAGUCCUACAACGCACAGAAUCGACUGAGCAAGCAAUGAAAAGGGCAAAACUCAACAUAUUGAUAGUAGAGGACAAUCUCGUGAAUCAGAAAGUGCUCAAAAAGCAACUGGCCAAAUUUGGAUGGGACAUCAGCGUCGCAGGGGAUGGUCAACAAGCUCUCGACUGGCUCAAAGGAAGUGUGUACUGGCGAGGCACACCAAAGAACGCCCAUGAAAAGACAGCAGAACACGAAGAGAAAGACUAUUUUGCGACACCGAGCCUGCACGAUAUCGACAUCAUUCUGAUGGAUAUCGAGAUGCCUGUCAUGGAUGGACUUACUUGUGCUCAGAGGAUCCGCGACUACGAAGCGCAGGGCUUGCUUGUUGCCCCGCACUUGGGAUCAUCCAAACAGCUUACUUCUUCCGAGAGUACGAUUGCGGGACUCCACGAGCUCCACAUGUCGAACACAGCCUCACCAGUAAAGACUGACACAAGAUUGCCAAUUCUUGCUGUCAGCGCAAAUGCGCGCAUGGAACAAGUGGAGCAAGCUCUGGCUGCCGGGAUGGACGAUGCAAUCUCAAAGCCUUUCAGAAUACCGGAACUAUGGCCGAAAAUACUGACGCUAGUCGGACGAAUUGGUGAAGUAAAUCCAAAUGUGAAGUGAUCGGACCACGUUAUGGCGAAAGCAGCGGUCGUUGUAUUGAUAGAAUAUUCAUUUAUAGAGCCCAUAGAAGUCGCUGAGUACACACGAAUAAUGAUAUGAUGCAUAGUGCCUC